UCCGCUCGGGGAACCUGCGCGGGGAGCGGGUUGGCGGGCGGCGGGGGCGCCCUCGGCGGCGCGGUCUCCACCCGGCGGGGCCUGAGGAGGCUCUGCUCCGGCGGCCGUCCCCCGGGUGACCCGCUCUCCUCUCCGCGCCUCCCGGGGCCGUCCCGCCGGGCGCCUCCGGCAUUUGGACGCUCGCCGACCCCGAGGAGACCAUGCAACCCUCGGGCACGCCCCUCCAGAAGCUGUUAUCCAAGACAAUCUAGUUUUCCUUCAUAAAUCCCUCAAGACACUUAUGAAGUUUCUUGUUCUGAUACCGUUGUACUGCAAUGAAGAAAAGGAGAAAGGUUACUUCACAUCUUGACGAGAAGAUCCAUCUAGGCUACCAUAAAGAUUCUUCGGAAGGAAAUGUUGCAGUGGAGUGCGAGCAAGUAACUUACACUCGUUCUACAGAAAGACCAGCUCCUGAAGCUCUUCGCUGUUAUCAGGAACUUCCUCCCUCUCCGGAUCAGAGAAAACUUCUGAGUUCUUUGCAGUACAAUAAGAACUUGCUGAAGUAUUUAAAUGAUGAUAGGCAGAAGCAGCCGUCUUUCUGUGACUUACUUAUCAUAGUAGAAGGAAAAGAAUUUAGUGCGCACAAAGUCGUCGUUGCUGUUGGCAGUAGUUAUUUUCAUGCGUGUUUGAGCAAAAAUCCAAGCACGGAUGUUGUCACCCUGGAUCACGUAACGCACUCCGUUUUUCAGCAUUUGCUUGAAUUUCUUUACACAUCAGAAUUUUUUGUGUACAAAUAUGAAAUCCCUCUUGUUUUAGAGGCUGCAAAAUUCCUGGAUAUUAUAGAUGCAGUUAAGCUGCUAAAUAACGAAAAUGUUGCCACUUUUCAGUCUGAGCUAACUGAAAAAUCAUCACCAGAAGAAACACUAAGUGAGUUAACUGGAAGACUAUCGAGUAAUCAUCAGUGUAAAUUCUGUAGUAGACAUUUUUGUUAUAAGAAGUCUUUAGAGAAUCAUUUGGCGAAAACCCAUAGAUCCCUUUUAUUAGGGAAAAAGCAUGGGUUAAAAAUGCUGGAGAGAAGUUUUUCCACAAGGAGAUCAAAACGGAAUCGGAAGUGCCCUGUUAAGUUUGAUGACACCAGUGAUGAUGAACAAGAAAGUGGUGAUGGGUCAGACAAUUUGAAUCAAGACAGUUUUGAUAAGGAAAAGUCAGAUAGAAAUGAUUCUGAGGAUCCCGGCAGUGAAUGUAAUGCUGAAGAGGAUGAGCUAGAGGAGGAAAUGUCAGAUGAAUACUCUGACAUUGAAGAGCACAGUGAAAAGGAUCCCAAUGAUGCAGAAGAGGAGCCUGAGGCUGGUGAUUCUGUCGGAAGCAUUCACGAGGGAUUAACCCCUGUAGUCAUACAGAACAGUAACAAAAAAAUAUUGCAGUGUCCCAAAUGCGAUAAGACAUUUGACCGCAUAGGAAAAUAUGAGAGCCACACACGUGUUCACACAGGUGAGAAGCCCUUUGAGUGUGAUAUUUGUCACCAGCGCUAUUCGACAAAGUCUAACCUAACUGUUCACAGAAAGAAGCACAGUAAUGAAACAGAAUUUCAUAAGAAGGAGCACAAGUGCCCUUAUUGUAAUAAACUUCAUGCAAGCAAGAAGACUUUAGCCAAGCAUGUUAAGAGAUUUCAUCCUGAAAAUGCACAAGAAUUUAUUUCCAUUAAGAAGACUAAGAGUGAAAGUUGGAAAUGUGAUAUUUGUAAGAAAUCUUUUACUCGAAGACCACACUUGGAGGAACAUAUGAUUCUCCAUUCUCAAGAUAAACCUUUCAAGUGUACCUAUUGUGAAGAACAUUUUAAGUCACGAUUUGCACGGUUAAAGCAUCAAGAAAAGUUCCAUCUGGGUCCUUUUCCAUGUGAUAUAUGCGGUCGCCAGUUUAACGACACUGGAAAUUUGAAACGCCAUAUAGAGUGUACCCAUGGUGGAAAGAGAAAAUGGACUUGCUUUAUCUGUGGGAAAUCAGUACGAGAAAGAACUACUUUGAAAGAACAUUUGAGAAUCCAUAGUGGAGAAAAGCCUCAUCUUUGUAGUAUUUGUGGGCAAAGUUUUCGUCAUGGAAGCUCAUACAGACUUCACUUACGAGUACAUCACGACGAUAAAAGAUAUGAGUGCGAUGAAUGUGGGAAAACGUUCAUUCGUCACGAUCACCUUACAAAGCACAAGAAAAUACAUUCAGGUGAGAAGGCUCAUCAGUGUGAAGAAUGUGGAAAAUGCUUUGGUCGUAGGGAUCAUCUCACUGUCCAUUACAAAAGUGUACACCUUGGAGAGAAAGUGUGGCAAAAAUAUAAAGCAACCUUUCAUCAGUGUGAUGUUUGUAAGAAAAUUUUUAAAGGCAAAUCAAGUCUGGAAAUGCAUUUUCGGACACAUUCAGGUGAAAAACCAUACAAGUGUCAAAUUUGCAAUCAAUCUUUUAGAAUUAAGAAAACUUUAACAAAACACUUGGUCAUUCAUUCUGAUGCCCGGCCUUUCAACUGUCAGCACUGUAAUGCAACAUUUAAGCGGAAAGACAAGCUGAAAUACCACAUUGACCACGUUCAUGGCAUCAAGUCACCUGACGAUCCUCUCAGUGCUUCUGAGGAGAAGCUUGUAUCCUUGCCAGUAGAGUACUCAUCCGAUGAUAAAAUCUUUCAAACAGAAACAAAACAGUAUAUGGACCAGCCCAAAGUUUACCCGUCGGACACCAAGACUAUGUUGCAGAGUGUGUCUGCUGAAGUGUGUGUCCCCGUAACGCUGCUUCCAGUCCAGAUGCCUGAUGCUCAGAGCGACCUGGUGCGUCACACCACCACUCUCCCUCCACCUUCUCACGAGAUCCUGUCGCCACAGCCGCCAUCCACUGAUUACCCACGAGCAGCCGACUUAGCUUUUCUGGAGAAAUACACUCUUACUCCUCAGCCUGCAAAUAUAGUUCAUCCAGUCCGACCUGAACAAAUGCUAGAUCCUAGAGAACAGUCUUACCUUGGAACGUUAUUGGGCCUCGAUAAUGCCACUGCUGUACAAAGUAUUUCUAAUAGUGAGCAUCAUUCAUGAGUAAACCUAAACAUUCCACAGACUUUUUCCGUGGUUACGCGUUAAUGGUAGCCUAGAGCUGACAGCUUUUAACUUAGUGGGGCUGCUAUUUUUUCAUUUUCUCUGGUUUCUCAAGUCCUCAGAACCGUUUCAAAUCAAGAAAAAUAUGUAUCUCUGUUUACUGAACAUAUGAAUAUUUGGACAUAUUUUGAGGUAUAAUAUUUGAAAUGGACAUUUUUGUGAUUUUUUUAAAGACUAGUGCUAAUUUUUAAUGGUUUCUCUAACUUUUCAAAACUAUUAGCUGUUAACAUUAUGAGGGUAUUUGUUUUUAGUCAUCAGUGGAAAUUUUUAUUCUUCUUUAGUCUCAUUCCUCGUUUCUCCCUUCCCCAUCUUCCAAACAAGUGCUAAGGAUGAUGUAGCUUUUAAGAAAGAAUACAAGAGUAUAUAGUACUGAUAAUUGCAACUGUUCCUUAUCCUAACUAAGGUUUCAUUAUUAUUUCUUCCAGAUUUUUAAAAACUGAAAUCAGGAAUUUGAAUUUAUAAGAAAGUCUUGGAUAGUUCUGUGUUCUUUUUUCAUCUGGCCAUAAUUUCAGUUUAUCACUAUCCUUUGGUCUUUUGACAAACUCAAAGCCAGAAAGCUAACUAAUGCAGGAUUAGCUCAUUAAAGGAAAUGUAGAAUUGAAAUAAUUACCCAAAUGAUUGGUUUUUACCUGUGCUUCAAUUAUUAUGAAUAAGAAAUGCAAAUACAGGUCUAGGCAUUAAAUUACACAAGUUAAAAAUGUGUUAAAAGCAAAAUAUGACAGUUUUAACUAGAUAUUUUUCAAGGUAAGUUCACCUUUUGUAUUUUGCCAUUUAUUUCAGAAACAAUAAUAUAUCACAACAUAUAUCUUCGUCUUACUAUGGGAAGGGCAGUUAUAACUAAUUAAUGAAAAUUUAAUUAACAAGCUACUUUUGGUCUCAUUUACCUUUGCUAACUGAAACUCUGGGAAAUAGAACCUACAGAUUUCAUAUAUGAUUGUUAGAAAAGGUGCCAAACAAACAUAAAAUUUGUGUCUAAUUGAACUUAAUGUUUUCCAAUUAAAGGGAACCAUUAUUUGUAUACAGAUUUACAUGUAAUCUAGAUCUUUAUUUUUGCUUUACACAUAGCCUAAUGUCUGUAAUUAUCCUUGAUUUUUAUUUUUGUAUGAGACAAAAGUUGAGGACUUGAUAAAAGGAAAUAGCAGUUAGAGCAAAACCUCACUGAUUAAAAUUAAAUGAGGAAAAAGUCAGUCAGAAUUGUAAAAUACCUUUAAAGAUGUGCACUUUCCAUAUUUUCAAGUCAGUUUAAACUUAAACUAGGAUGUUUCCUAGUAGAGCUGCUUAAAGGGUUAGAGAAUAGGCAGGGUUGAUUUAUUAUUAGCAUGUCAUUUGUAUGUAAACUACUGGAAAAUAGCAAUUUUAAGAGUUUUCUAUUUCAGUUUUGUUUACACUCCUAAUUGCUUUAAGCACUUUUUUUGUGUAAAGUCUGGCCCAGCCCUUGUGAAAAAAUCACAAAUAAAAUAAUGAAGUUUUAGUGAAUAAAAUUUAACCACUUAAUAAUGUGGAAAUUUGUUUGCUGAAGCACUUAAGAAAUGAAGGUACUUUACAGGAAUACUCACCACACUAAUGGAAAUAAAACAAAAGAAAAAAAAAGUUGAGAAUUAGGGCAGUUAACCAAAGCAGCUCAUAUAAGUAAUAAAACCAACCUGAGUUUUGCCUCAUUUAUCAAAGUUUGGUUAUAAUCAUCCUAGGACCGAUAGAUACUAGUUAUGUAUUAAUUCUUUAUAAAGCAUUCUUACUUUUGUGUGGAAAUGUUAUGUCUGGAGUACUUACAUGAUAGAACUUGACUAUAUGAGGUACUAUUAUUCUGUCUUUCAAAAUGACUUUAAAAAAUACAUAUCUUUAUGAUUUUUAUCAUAAAGACGUAUAAGACUUAACUAAAAAACUUAGUAUGAUGAAAAGAUAUCAUAUCUAAAAAUGUACCCUGCCUUGCAUAUAAACCAAUGUAGGAAAGUUUGGACUUAUAGAAAGGCAAAUGGUAUAUAUGUGUAUGUGUGUGGUAUAUUAUAUGUUUGGUAGCAGAAAAAGAGGGUGUUGCGGUGUUGCAUUUUCACAUUCAAAAGCAUACCUUGCUUUUUGAAGGUAUUGACUUUAGGGUUCUUUUAAUAAUAAUCUCCUAAUGCUUUAAAUAUAUGAUUUGAUUGUAGGAAUUGGUUUACAGUAUAGAACUUUUCUGGAAUACAUCUCUUAUAUAAAGUGAAACAUAAUUAUAUUUAGUUAUUAUUGUAGAUAACAAACUUGAAUAGUAGUUUACUGUUUUAUACAAUGCUUUCACAGUUAUCUCAUUUAAACCUCAUAACCAGCUCUGAAAUAGAAAUGACAUACUGUAUUCCCGUGUUAGAGAGAUGAAGAAUCUGAGGUUAAGCCUACAUCAUUAAUAAGUGGCAGAGCUACCAAUAGGGAAAGAAAUGGAGCAUUAAUGAAUGCUUACAAGGUGCCGGGCACUGCGUUUUCUCAUGUAAUCUUGAAAACAGUCUGGGAGGUAGGUAGUAUAAUUCUUAUGAAGAAAUAACCUCAGCGGGUGAACAGACAAACAAAUCUGCUGCCUCUAAUUUCCAAAUUAGAAUAUAAGAAAUUUUACAAUUGUGAAAACCUCAUGGAUUUGAGCAAACUGAAUGUAUAUAAGUUUUUGAAGUUGGCACAAAAAAUACGAAAUGAGGCCUACUCUUUUCAGUUAACCUUUUGUCACGUUGUGAUUUGGAGCAUUUUGAACAGAUGCUCCAUUAACUCUAAAACCCAUUAAUUCUGUAAAUUAUAUACUUAAACUUUUGAAUCUUGCAACUAAGUUUAGCCUCCUGCAGAAUUUUUUAUUUUAUGAGUAUAAUUUAUUGUUUUAAAUUAAUUUUGUAGUUGAUAGCAGUUAGCACUUAUUAUGUAAAUUGAAUAAUUUAUCAAAUGUAGAAAUUUGUUAACCUAAUCCAUUUUUACUUAAAUGCACCAAAGAUUUUUAGUAGGUAUUAAAAUAGUUUAAAAGAAUUUAAAUUCUUUGUUGUUUGAAUAAAUAUUUGUCCAAAGAAGCACAGUUGAAGUCCUAGGAUUAUGGAUUUUUUUAAAAAAUCGUUUGAAUACUAAGAUUAAGUGUUUGUGUUUAUAUGUAUAAAAAUAAGAACAGAAGAAAAUACUCUGGGAAUAGUCAUACUGACAAACCAGUUACAAAUAAAAAUACUCAGUUUUCCUCAGUUUAAUUAAUUGAAUGUUAUCUUUUAAGUGGUCACUAUUAAAUGCUAAAAGUAAGCUUACUUUUUACACUACACUAUUAAUUAAUUUUGCCUUAGAAUUUUUUUUAAGACAAGCUGAAGAUUUUUUUUGUAAGAAACCCCACCUAUUUUUUGCAGCCUAAAUGCUAUUUAAGAUUAGGGUUUGUUCUUCAUGCCAGCAAGAUUUCACCAACAACUGUGAAGGCAGUGAUCUUUGCAUACUUUUAAGUAAGUAACUUAGUCAUCUGUUGAAGAGGAGUAGCAAAAAUAGAGUUUUAAACUGGUGCUUUAUUAAGUGACUUAAUUUAAAGUGACGGUAGAUCGUGAAGUAGGUACAUUAAUAAUUUUCUGUCAACCUUAAAAUUGUCAAAACAUCUUUGAGGAGUGACUCUAAGCUAUUAGUUAAGGGCUAACAAGUAUUUAAAUAUCAUUCAUUGCUUUUCACUCUGUAAUUGCAAACGAAUUAACAACACCAUUCACUGGUGUGUAAGUUUGUGUUCUCCUCCUAGCAGAUCACUCUGCGGUAUCAUUGGUGGAAAGUCAGACGUGAAGCAUCAGCUAGCUCUUUGACAGUGUCCUUUUAUAUAUGCCCAGUCUUCUCUGGAUUGAAUGCUUUGUGCCUUUUCAGUGCGCUAUACUUGCUUAGAGUUGACUCUGCUGGCCGGACUGUUUUGGUUAAUAAAUGAUUGUGGUUGUUUUGUUGUUGUUAUGGGUCUUAUGUGUGUGUUGCCUGCUGGUCAGGCAACAGUUUUUUUUAGGUUGCUUUAUGUUUUUGUAGGAAAAUUGGCACCAAGUACUAGUGUGAUUUUUUUUUUUUUUUUUUUUUUAAUCUCUACUACUGUGGCCUUUCUAGUUACUGUGAAGCCACUCCUGGGCCUGUCUCUAGAUGCUCAUUAGAGGAAUCUGACAAGUAAAGUAAAAAGAGCAGUGUGUCUGCCUCUCCUCCUCCCAUCCCCCACCUUUUCUUGUUAAUAAUCAGUUACCAAACCACCCAGCUCUACACUGAGCAGCUUCUUUUUUCAGUUUGCCUGAAACUGAGCCAGAGGUGUUGGCUUGAGAUGGGUCUCAUAAAAAGCAGCAACAUCCCAACCAACAGACAAAUUGAGUUGAUGAACUCAGGAAAAAUUAGGACUUUUAAAGUCAUGUUGGAUUAUUCUAAGAUUCAGUGCCAAAUUUAAAAUGACUCAAAAUGUAUUUUUUAAUAAGAAACAAAGUAGCAUUUCUAAAACUUUUAAUAGUGUUAUGGUAAAUGUUACUAUUAGAUUGAAUAAUGGAUAAUGUGAGAAUAAUUUUUUGAUAAUUUCUAGGAACCAUAGACAAUUCUUUUUAGGUCCCCCCCUUUCUUUUGCACAUUCCUCUCAGUAAAGUCUAUAGUGGUUUUUGACAGGGGGGAUCGUUCCCUUAUUUCCUCUAAAAUUGUUUCUACUUCAAGGUACUUUUUUCCUGCAAUAGUGGCAUGUUUUCUGCGCUUCCUCUUUGGAAGUGGCCUUAAUAAGGUAGAAGUUACAGCAUUAGGUCAUGUGGAGGAUGAGGGAAAGGUCUGGUAGAGAGAGCGUCUGUACUGUGUUUACUCUUCACCUUUCAACUUGCUGUGCAUUGAUCUUGAGUCUGUGACUGUUGAAAAAUCCCCAAUUUAAAUUUAGCCUCCGUAGCCAUUUAUAAAGAGAGAAAAUAAGAAUUAUAUUCAGAGACUAGAGGUUAUACAAAGAUGGAUAUACGUCUUUUGUUCUGCUUUUUUCCAAAUUCUUAGGUAAAGAAGUAGUUUCGGUGCUUGCAUUACUGCUGGCGAUUUUAAAACAUUUCUUGAACGAAGAGCAUGCACACUUCUCAUUGUUAUUUCGCCUUGUUGCUUGGUAUUCCUGCUUUGUAAUUACAAAAUUUUUAUUCCUUGUAACAAUCGGACUUCUCUUAUCCCUGUGGACAAAACUGUAUUACAACUGAUGACUGCGGCUGCCAAAAAAUGAGCACAGAGGUGGGCAUUUGGCUGCUCCGUGUUGUGUAGGAAGUGUUCUGAUUACGGGAUUUAUGAUGUACACUAAAGUGGAAAUGCCUUUGAACUUAGUUUUCAGUCUCCAAUCCUAAGUUUUCUUUUUAAUCAUUAGAACUCUUUUAAAAACAAUUGCAAAGAAAAAUCUAAAAUAUCAAGAUUCAUUAUUUUGUCAACUGUGUGUAAAGUAUCUUGUGAGUUUUAUAGAUAUUUUGACUGUCUCGUGUAUCCUGAGUACCAGUGUCUUUAUAGAAAAAUUCAGUUCUCUGUGAAGACUAGGAAGUGUAUUGUAUAUUGAACUAGUUCUAUGUGUUGUUUUGAUAUUUAAAAUAAAGU